AUGGCUUACAAAACCGACGCCAAGAGCAGCAGUCCGCCGCCUGCCGCCGACAACUCCGCUCCGCCACCGUACACUGCUGUCGCUAGCGCUCCACCACCUCAAGGCCCACCACGACAGCUUUCCGAGAAGGAGAUCGCGAGCCUCAAUGCCGCUUUCUCGUCGCUGCAGAUUCCUGACAUAGUGAAGAAGGUGGACGAGAGCACGUGUCUCGCCCAUUUGAAGCUUCUUUCGGCUUUCCACAAUCUCAAAGAGGAUGUCGGAUACACCGAUGGGCUGUGGGAAAUUUUCGAUGCUCGAGCUGCCAGGUCUACGGAUGGCGACGAGGAUCCGGCGGCCGUACUGGCCAAGCUUCGAGAGAAGCGGUGGGCUGUAUAUGUCGCACGGGCAGUAGAUCGUUACGAGGUGUGGUGGAAUUCACUCCCCUCAGAUCCUCUGACGAUUGAUGAUAUGACCGCCGAGUCUCCAAAGUAUGGAGAGUUUGUCAAUAGUGCGACGACAAUGCAAUGGACUGCCGAAAUGUUGCCUCCGCUAGAUGUCCUCAUGGUUUGGCAUGCUCAUUGCCUUAACCCACACGAUUACCUAGAGGACUGCAUCCGCGCGGGGAGGAGAGACCUCUGGACGGCUGGUUUCCCCUGGAAAUUGGUUAACGAAGCUGUAGACAGCAGCUUCAACUACCAGGUCUCGCAGGGUUGCACUACGGCUUGGACGACCGCCACCGGCAGAGCGUGGCACAACGUUGGGGAUUCCGUCAUGAAGACGCUGAAGUGCCCAGCUUGCUUAGAGCGCCUAGAGAUUCCAUGGACAACUUGUGGAGUACCCGAAGACUUUAAAGGACCCCGGCCGGAUCUGGUAGGCUCAGGCUACGGCGACGGGGAAUUCAGCUAUAUAUGCUUCCAAUGCUCAACUGAGAUCACCAGGGACUUUCUUGAGGUUGCAAAGUUCAUCAACGACACCAAGGCGCUUCUAAGCAAGAAUCAGCCAAUGCCAGGGACGAUUCUGGACUACCGAACUGGGUUGCCAGAGAAGCUUUUAGUGCGCCAUUUUGAUCCCGUCAAGCUGGAGCUUUUAUUCCCCAAUCGGCUGAUCCAGAAUCACCUAUGGAAUGAAGUCUUACCGCUGAUCAACGCGGAACGGGAUCUACGGCCAACCACUAUGGAUUCGAUCUUGCGCCCUGCGAACAUGGAGACCAUCCGAAGCAUGAUCGAGGAGGCCCUCAAAGAUCCUGAUACUGUGAGGGCGGUCGAAGGGAUGACGGGAAUUUCAGCCCUAGGCCGUCCUCGGCUCACAAAAAGGGCAAGGAUACCCGUUAGGAAAAUGAUGGCUCAUUACUGGGGCAACUCCUCACCCUUCGCUCUUGAGCUUGGCGGCGCUGUCAUGCGACAGGGUAUUUUUACAGACAAGAUGCACAAGAUUGACUGGCUGCACAGUCCGGCUGCUCUAGACACGAUGAAACGUCUGAUUGCCAAAUAUCAACGGUUUGUUUCGAUAAUGGCUUCUUACCAGGACCGAGUCGUAGUUCCUACGCUGGAUGUAGAUCUGGCUUGGCAUACUCAUCAACUCAGUCCCCGAUCGUACCACGACUUCACGGUUAGCAAAACUUCUAAAUUCAUCGACCAUGACGACAAGAUCAACGAGGACAAGCUCAACUCCGCAUUCGAGUGGACAAGCAAGACUUACCAGGAUCUUUUUGGGGAAGUGUACAGCGAAUGUACUUGCUGGUACUGUGAAAGCGUACGAACAUCGCAUGUCAGCUCUGUAGGGAAAUUAUUUGGUGUCUCAAAGGGCGACAAGAAGCAAAUCAAUGCCUCGGCCCACAUCUCUGCUCAUAACGCCGUCAAAUACGUCGAUGCCGAUUCCAAGCGGAACGUAGCACUACUUGCCAUGCACACAGCACAAGUAGCGCGGCUCGAUGAAAAUUACAAGAAGGCCCAAAAGCGAGCUGAGAAGAAGGGUCGCAAAUUACCGCCAAGGGACGAGUAUUACUACUACUGGGGGUAUCCGUAUAUGAUGUAUGGUCCAUGGGUCUACCCGAUCUACUACACACCGGGUUAUUACUAUUGUGACCCAGGCGUUGCGACAGCUGGGACGGGUACACCUGGCGCUUGUGCCGCCGGAUCCUGCGGAGGAGCAGUUGGCUCCGGGGCAUGCGCAGGUGCCGCGGCAGGUGGCUGUGGAGGAUCAGGUGGUUGUGGAGCUGGUGCUGCGUGUGGCGGCGGCGGCGGUUGCUAG